CUUUUCCAUGCACCUCCAUAUCCCAAGUCUCCAAGCACACGUCUGUUACCUUCUGUGAUCCUAUAUAUGUCCUUAUAAGUAAAUAACGUGCUGGCUAGAUUGCAAGUGUCAUACGCACAUUGUAAAUGACCGCAUGUCUUUAGUGUCCUUACUCUGGUGCGCAGAACGCAGUCAACAGAUAUAGUAAUUUCCACUUUUACCUCUUUUCUAGAGAUCUUUAGGAAAUGGCGGAGACCGUGAAGGUCGCAGUGCGUUGCCGGCCUCUUAAUAGCAAGGAGAAAGGUGACAACAGAGAUGUCAUCGUGGAGGUUGACAACAAGAUUGGGCAGGUUACUCUUCACAACCCAAAGGGCGACGAACCCCCAAAGACGUUUACCUUCGACAAUGCGUUCGAUUGGAACGUAACCCAGAAGGAGGUCUAUGAUGUCGUUGCACGACCUAUCGUCAACAGCGUGGCAGAUGGCUACAACGGCACCAUCUUCGCCUACGGCCAAACUGGCACGGGCAAGACGCAUACCAUGGAAGGGGCGCCCACGCCCGAGUUGCAGGGCAUCAUCCCGAACUGCUUUGACCACAUCUUUGAGAUCGUAAACUCGAGCGCUGCUGAGCGGCAGUGGAUGGUGCGCGCUUCCUACCUGGAAAUUUACAACGAGGAGGUGCGGGACUUGUUGUCCAAGGACCCCAAGAACAAGCUGGAGCUCAAAGAGCACAAGGACUCGGGCGUCUAUGUGAAGGGGCUAAACGCCUUCGUGGUGAAAGGGGUCCCAGAGCUGAAGAACGUCCUGGAGGUGGGCAAGAAGAACCGUUCGGUGGGAGCCACCCUGAUGAACCAGGACUCCUCGCGGUCGCACUCCAUCUUCACCAUCACAAUUGAGACGAUUGAGAUGACCACCGCGCAGCCCGAGGGCCACAUCCGCGUGGGCAAGCUGAACCUGGUGGACCUGGCUGGCUCCGAGCGCCAGUCCAAGACGGGCGCCACGGGAGACCGCCUCAAGGAGGCCACCAAGAUCAACCUGUCGCUGUCGGCGCUGGGCAACGUCAUCUCGGCGCUGGUGGACGGCAAGAGCGGACACGUGCCGUACCGCGACUCCAAGCUGACCCGCCUGCUGCAGGACUCGCUGGGCGGCAACACCAAGACCAUCAUGUGCGCCAACAUGGGGCCCGCGGACUGGAACUACGAUGAGACGCUGUCCACCCUGCGCUACGCCAACCGCGCCAAGAACAUCAAGAACAAGCCCAAAAUUAACGAGGACCCCAAGGACGCCAUGCUGCGCGAGUUCCAGGAGGAGAUUGCGCGGCUCAAGGCCAUGCUGGCGGCUGAGGGCGGUGCGCUGCCAGAGGGUGCCGUUGCGGGCCCAGGCGGCGAGGUGGUGGUAGAGAAGGUGGUCACGGUGCCCAAGGCCCUGGACGCCGCCUUCCUAGAACAAAUGCGGCGCGACAUGGAGGAGAGCAUGAAGGCGGAGCUGGCGGCGAAGCAGGCAGCAGCCCUCAACGAGGAGCAGCUACAAAAGGUUAAGGAGGAGGCUGCCGCCAAGGCCAAGGCCGAGGCUGCCCGAUUGGAAGAGGAGAAGAAGAAGGCCGAGGAGGAGGCCGCCAAGAUGCAGCGCAAGCAGCAGAAGAUGAAGGAGGAGGUGGCAAAGAGGUCGCAAGACGCGGAGCAGAUCCGUGCCGAAAAGGAGGCCCUGGCCAAGAAGCUUAAAGCCAUGGAGUCCAAGAUCCUCAAAGGCGACGCAGCAGGCGGCCUCGCUGAAGUCACCAAGAAGAAGGAGGAGGAGCUUAAGCGGAAAGAACAGGAGCUGGAGCGCAGGCGCAAGGAGGAGGACGAGCGGCGGGCAAAGAUCGCAGCCAUGGAGGAGGCCCAGCUAGCAGCUGAGGAGAAGUACAAGGACAAGGCGGACGAGGCGGAGCAGAAGACCAAGAAGCUCAAGAAGCUGUGGAAGAAGUUCCAGGAGGUCAAUGCUGAGGUGGAGGACAUGUACAAGGAGUUCCAGCGAGAGAAGGAGGACCUGCUGGAGAGCAUCCGCAUGCUGCAGGACCAGAUGCAGCUCAAGGACAUGGUAAUUGAGGCGUUCAUCCCGCCGGAGGAGGUACAAAAGGUGAUGAAGCGCGCGCACUGGGACGAUGAGCGCGAGGUGUGGGUCCUAGAGCGGCUCAGCGAUAUCGGCAAACGUGAGUCGGCAUCGGGCAACGCGCGCCGGCCGGUCUCGGCGUCGGGGCAGCGCCGGCCGACCUCAGACUUUGCCAAGCUGGCGAACGCCAUGGGUGACAUGAACCCGCGCUUCAAGUCCGAGAACAUCCUCAACCUCGAGCUGGACCUACCGGAGCGCACCACGUACGACUACGAGGGCCCCGGCGUGGAUCCCCGCGUGCAGGCGGCCAUUAACGCGGCUUUCGCGGAGGACGGAGAGCUCAUCUUCGUGGGCUCCGAGCAAAACGUGCACCUGGGCGAGGUCACCGCCAACAUGGCGCAGCGGCCGGACUCGGCGAAGAAACGACCAGCUUCAGCGCGCAAGGGAGUCAAGGCGACGCGAUAGGCGUCCCAAAAUGCUAGGGUAGUUAUAUGUGCAGGCUGGUGGCAGUAACGGGUAGCGAGGAUGGCAUAGGAGUGUAUGGCAGGAUUGCCAAAGCUUGAGGCUCGCCGGACAGGCGGGUGUAUACCUCCUGAGGGUGGUCUUGGGCCAGGUAGGCUUGUGGCUUUGAGCCGCAGAUGUACAGGGUAGCGUUGAGUGCUGCCACUUGUGGCAUAUUACGUCAGGCCUGUUGGAGGGCUCAGGACCUGUAGGACGGAGCAUACGUUGGCAGGAAUGGGGACUGUCGGUACGACUUCUGUGUAAACGGAACACACAUUUGCAUGCAAAGCGUGCGUUUGGCAGGGGAUACAGCUGACACUGCUGUUGCUAGCGGCAUUACUUCCCACCAUUAAGAUAAAGGGCAGGUGACUAUGUGUCUUCGCUCCUUGCAUAACUAAUAUAAAACUAUAAAUGUCUUCAGGCUUUAAAUUUCUAUGGACCCGUGGGUCGUGUUCUUAUUGUGGGGACUUAUGAUGCAGCAUCCCUAAAAGGCGGUUCUGUAUAUUACGAC